AAACCACGCCACCUAUCGUAUUCACUACGCUCUGCAGUUCAGAACAAGUGCACUACUCGGAAGCAUGACCCGGAAGUACUCUUUACAUUGCUGUUGAAUAUUCAUGAAUACUAAUCCUGUUGAAUAUUCAUGAUUUGCGCACGGCUCUCGUUUUUCUGUUCCACACGGCCCCAAAAUGAUCCAGAUUUUACAAACUGGCGCGAAACUUGUCCGAGCACAGGCAUGACAGGUGCCAAGCACAAAUAAAACCGAGCGGGACAGGAAAAAGAACGAAUAAGCGAGCGAUUGAUGCCCUACUUUCUUAAAAAACAAACCCAAGCACACAUAAUUGACCUCACGUGACGUGAAGAAAUCACUAGCAGCGACGCCAGGUCACACGUAGCUUUUAGUCAGCACAGCUCGUGACUCUGCAGUUUUUCACUUGUAUAAACAUCCUCAUAAAGGCUGGAAGUUUUCUUUUCGUCGUAUCAUCGUAGUCUACUGAAGGAUGGACCUGAUUACUGUACAGCUUCUGACCCUCCUCGGACUUCUGGUUUCAUGUUUGGCGUUUUCUUUGCUCCCCCUGGUUCUGGCUUGGAGGGCAACCAGGCCGUCAGCAACAAGCAACGGCCAAAGGUCAAGUUUUCUCGGCAAGGUGAACAGCUUCGUAGGGGGAGUUUUCUUGGCGACAUGUCUUCUUCACUUGCUUCCAGAAGUGAGGGAGGGCCUUGAGGAAAGCUUACAUGGAUACGGGAUCGAUACGCACUACCCCAUAGCUGAACUGGUGACGUGCAUUGGGUUUUUCAUUGUUCACCUGGUGGAGAGUUUGACACAUCUUUGUUUACCUCAUGACCAUAGUCCAUCUCAAGAUGUGGGUCAUGGGGACCGACGAUCGCACAGCACAGUUGGUGAGGAGGACACAACUCGUCCAUUGAUAAGAAAUGAAUCCAAGGUGGACUACGGGGCAGUCAAUCCGUCAGCACAAAGGACUGGGUCACCAGCUGACAGCCCUGUGGACUCAAAUGACAAUGCAACAGUGGGAGGAAACGUGCAUACACUCUUGCUUCUGAUCGCUCUAAGCGUUCACGGGACGUUUGAAGGUAUCGCACUCGGUGUCCAGUCCGUGCAGUCAGCUCUUCUGUCGCUGUUCGCCGCAAUUGCCGUCCACAAAAGCAUCAUAGCCCUCAGUCUUGGGAUGAACGUCGCAACCGGUAAACUGUCACUACCAUGCAAAGUCGCCACCUGCGUAGUCUUCAGUCUGUCUGGUCCCCUAGGACAAGGCAUAGGUCUCCUGGUCACCGACGCGGACGGAGGUGGUCUCGUCACCGGCAUUCUACAGGGGGUGGCUGCGGGAACUCUGCUGCAUGUCACGUUCAUGGAGGUGCUUUCCAAAGAACUGAAAACAAGUGAUCUGCUGGGUAUGCUGUGCGCCGUCGUUGGGUUCGCCAUCCUCGCAGCAUUGAGUCUCUUGGAGGAUCAUGAUCAUUGAAAAAAAAAAGAAGACAAUGGUUAGUUAAUGCGAUAGUGGAUGCCAUUCACACUUACAUGCGUCAUAUGCAUUGGCACCUGCUUGAACGUUGAUUUGUGGCUAACAGAGUUUCAUCCUAUUGAUUGAAUUUGAAACUUGUGUCAUGUAACUCACUGUAUGUGAACUGCUUUAAUCUUUUGUUGAAAAACUUAUAAUAUGCGCGCUAAAGCAAAAGAUCCACCCAUGAACAAUGUACUAAAUUUGAACGGUGCUGUUAUGAUAGUAACGUUUUGUGCAAUUGUGUUUUAUACAUGUAAUUGACCAAUCUUCGUGAUUUUAAAUAUGCAGAUGUGAUUGUUUUACAUAGCGCGGCUAUGACUGACAAUGGAGGUUGUAUGGGGUUUUAAGAUGUUGGUUAACUUUUAGGUAAAGAGUUGUGUAAUUUCCUGGGGCUGAAUAAUUUUAAUUCCGUUUGAAGGCUGUUUUUAUAUCCCCUAUCACCCCUUCACGUCACUUUUAAUGAUUUGUAACAAUGUGCAAUUGGUUUUGAGACCAUCACCGUGUUUCAUGGGCUUGUGCUUCCAUUCCAUGUUCGAAAGAAGUCAUAACUGUUCCUGUCGAUAUCAUAUGUUAAUUAGUGUAGAAUGGAAAGGAAAAUAAACUACUUGUUAAUGA